GAGAAAAUGUGCAAAAUUAGGCGUGUCUCGCUCUCGCAGGCGCUUAUCUUUGUGUCGCGAGAAAUCGGACCUUGGCGGCCAGCAUCUGCUUGAUUGACGAGCGCUGGUUGGCUCGGGCGCUCAGAAUUAUACUUUUGGGUUGCAAGACAUCUGUUGAUAAACUGGGGAGGCAAUUUAUUAAUCUCGAUAGCAACGGCGGCAUGGCUGACGGUGGCGGCUAUUCAUAUAAACAUAAACAACACCCACCAGGCAUCUCUUUCAUGCUGCCGCCCGAUCGAGAGCGCUCAUGUCCAUGCUAUUGAAUUGAACUCCCUUCUCUCCCUUCGCCAACAUUCUCCUCGUCAGCGUCCCUUCCGUACCUCUGACAUCAAUAAUAAUGGACAAAGUCACGCUCCUCACGGCAUCCCGGCUCGAGCCCACAGUUGCUCUUCGGCCCCACUCAGCUCUGAUCGUCGGCCUUGGCAGGGUGUUUGCUCUUUCGCUUCAAUUACAUCAUCGUUUUCUAAACGUUUCCUUACUUAUAUGCCUGCAAUCUUACUUCAUUUCCUACGCUCUUCUCGCAGCAACCUCAUAUGCCUGCAAACAUAUCCUCUUCUAUGCCUUUAUCGCCUCCGCAUUCGUUCUCAAGCACGCAUUCGCCAUGUCCACCAAAGCCAUUUCCGACAUCUGGGACUCCAGAAGCGUGCAGAAAAUCCGCGCCAGGAUCUUUUACGAAUUUGCCGUCUUCAUCUUGGGCUGCGGAAACGCCAUGUUUCUCAUCAUCUUCUGGCCCGGCUGGCUUCUUCUCGGCGGUGCCUGUUUCGCCGCAUGGCAGUUGGCUGGCUGAUUGAUUAAAUGGCCCUUGCUUCUGUCUGGAAUAUCCAAUCAAGGGAAAAAAAAAAAACAGCAAUCGACAAACAAGAUCCCAACUCUCCAUAUCUCAACCAGCA